UUAAUAGAAAUUACAAAAUGUAAAAAUAAGAUUAGAGGGACAAGACAACGUGCAGAUAAACUGUAGAACAUCACAACUAAUGCUCAUCACUUGGGUUAUAUAAAGAUCAAUGAUUCUAAGAGACUUUUAUUUAAUUUAUAUGCGGCAGCCGCAUACUCAUAUAUGGAGACCACAAAAGAGGUAUGGGAUAGCUUAUCAAACCAUACAAACUACUUAUUGGAAAACUGGUUUUGAAUUGGAAGUUUACAAAAUACACUAAAGAUUACCAUGGGAGACGAAACAUAUAUAAAAAAUAUAUAACAAAAGGGGCAUGUGAGGGUGUGGACUGUGGAGAUAUUGUAUUGUCACUGAAAACUUUAUGGGGGCGUGUUUACUGAAACUCUGUCGAUGGUGUGUGUAUAAUAAGAUUCGUGAGUCACAUGGAGAGGAGAGACCAAACAAAAGUGAAACCUCCCCACCACAAACAAGACUCAAUAUUUUUCCAUAUGUCAACACCACACUCUUUUACACAUCCAUCGUUAAAUUUACAUGUUACAUAUCUUUUUUUUUCUUUUAAUUUGCACUAUAACAUAAAUACUAAACUAACAUAUUAGUAUCAUGUGACUCGUCUCUCUUCCCUUGUUCUCAAUCUCGAUACAUAGCUUUCUGUUCUGUGUUGGUGGAGGAUACUUCAUCGCAGAGGAAAUCUUUUUAAGUUUCAGUGAUUGUCUUCAGAUUUUUAAUUUUAUAGGCAUUACACAUUAAUCAUUUUAUCAUCUGUACUUGUACGAUCUUCACAACCACAAAAUAAGCAUUAUGAUUUUGUAUUAUACGCUUAAUAUGAAUGAUUUAUAUAUUUAAAGUAUGAUUUGAUAUUAAAACAUCUAAGUUACUUUAAUUAAAACACGAAGAGUUUUUCUUUAUAAGAAACUAGAUAAGAGCAUUAUUAACGGAAAAUGGUUCUUAGAGUAGAGUUCUUAGUGGAAUAUAAGAAACCGUCUCUAAAUUUUUAACUUAAAAAACUAAGAACCUGCUCUUAAUCAUGUUCUAAAGCGCCUACGUGGCCACAUGUUUACAACAACAACGAUAACGCCUUCUUCAUGCUAAUUUUAACCCUCAUCUAUAAGACUAAACUUAACAUAUACAAACAAAGAAAACACACUAAACAUUACGUAACAGAUGAUACAUAAUUAGAUAUUAUACCUAUCCGAACUAUUGACCGUUGACCAGUUCUAAUUGAUUCUUAGCUUUUUGCCAUAUUGAGCCAAUACACACAGCACACUUUCACCCAAUUUCUAUUUUUUUUUACCUUUUUUGUUUAUUUCGGAAAAUGAUUUUAUUAGUUGUUAUUGUUAUCCAUUCAACUUAUUACUCUAUUAAAAUCCUUAAGCUAAGCAACCAAUCUUCUUCCUCUUUAAAAAGAGAUUUUGAACCCUUUGAAAACCAAAAAAACAAGCACCAGUAUCAAUAUCGAUAUCGCAAACCCAAACACGAAAAAAUAAACUUGGUUAUUAUCAAGAAACAAGAAACAAGAAACAAGAAACAAGAUGGAGGAAGCAGGGCGUAAAGGAGAUCCGUUUCCGGGUUUUGAGAUGAGUGUUCACAACGACGACUGCGUUUUCCGGCGAUCUCUAAGCUGCCGGCUGCAGCGACGAGCUCCCUGUCCUCUCUUAUUACCACCAAGACCUCCUCCUUCUAAGGAAGCUCCUCCUUCUACGACUGGCGCCUCCACGUCUGCGUUAUGUCAAAACAGCACAGAUCCGAUCCCUCUAUUGUCCCCACUCGUCCCUCCUUCAAUGCUUCAACCUAACCCAACCGCCAGCUCUCGCUGACUCUUUCUCUUUCCAAUCUCUUAGGCUUUGUUUUCUUCUUGCAAUGACAGUGUUCUCCAUGUCAACUCAUUAACCAUCUAGAUUCAAAUACUGUCAUCAUUGUCUCUAUUCAGAUUCACAUUUUCACAAAGGUGCCGAGGAUCUCGUCAUUUCCUCUCUCGACCUUUUGGUUUUGUUAACAUCAUUUAUUAAUAUAUAUAAUGUACACGUACUAAUAUGUUAUAAUAUUUUCUUAUUGAGCAUCAAGUAUCCUUGUCCAUUGACACACAAUGUUUCCCAAAGUUUAUUUUUAUCCGUGGAUUUUACAAAGCAUGUGAAUACCAAGAAGAAGAACAAGACGACCCCCUCCCCUUAUAGUUAGGUUGAUUUUGGGGGGGGGGGGGGGGGGGGGGGGGGGAGAUAGAAGGCUAUAUUGGCUUGUACAUCAAGUAUCUGUUUUUAUUGUUUUUCUUUGUUGGGCGGACCACAUAUCAUCGUGUCCACAAGUUGAGGGCUAAAGGAGACCUCGACUAGUGAGUCUGUGACACCAACGUUUGGAUCACAUGAAUGUAAGAAAUCAAACCAACAUCGUCAUUCGUCAACAAAGACAGAGUAUAAAAAUAAGAAAAACGUAUAAGGAGUUCUUAAACUCAAUGUUCUCUAUAUAUUCCUGAACCAGCAUAGCAAAUCACACCUAAGUCAAGUAGGGUACCACAAAGAUAAUACACAACAGAAAACAACAACAUAAAUGAAAAUGUGUAAUAACAUAAUUUCUUGUAUAAAGGCCCUAAGUUUAUUUAGAGACAUAAUACAUAUUUAAAUGAGUUUUAUAACAUAUAUAUAUGCGUUUAGCUUUUUCGUUAAAGAGGCCAACACUCAUAAAUUCGCAAACAAGAAAUUUGAACCGAAAAUAUUUGUAUUUCGUAUUAACAAAUCUUCAAAGAACCAGUAUAAUCCAAUGUACUUCCGGGUUCGGUUCUCAAUCGGUUCUUUGGUUUAAAAAUAUCUGAUUUAUACAUACUUUAUAACCAAAACAUAAGUAAAAUCGGUUAUUCGAGUUUAAAAUACCUAAUUUGUACCUUUUUGUAAUAAAAACAAAGUAAAAAAAGAUUCAAAAAUAAGAAAAGAAUAUCAAACGUGAUCAUUCAAAAUCAAACAAAAGAAAUAUUUAUUGAUAAAAAAAAGCCAAAUAAAGAAAAGCAUAAAAUGAAAACUAAAUUCUCAUGAAAUAAGAAACAUUUUUUAAUGAAAACAAAAUCUAAAUCUAAAUAUUUCAAGAUUCAACAGCCGCAUUCAACCAUCAACCUUUAUGUAAUAAAACCACCAACAUUCAUAUAAUAGAUAAGUAUUUUAGAUGUUCAAUAUAUCUUAAUAUAUUUUGAAUACAUAUUAGGAAUUGAGAUCAUAUGUUUGGUACAAAAAAAUUUUGGGGUUUGAAUAUUUCGGGUUCUAUCGGAUAUCCAUUUAGGUUCGGGUUCGGAUAAUAUCCAUAACCCGAAAUACCAUAAAACAUGAUCCAUUCGAUAUUUAUGUCGGUUUUGGAUCGGUUCAGAUUCAUUUAUAUCGGAUCGGAUACGGUUUGGGUUUUCGGAUUCGGUUUAUUUACCCAGUCCUACUCGAGACUUUAACUCACAAAGAUAAUAGAAAAUACACAACAAAAAACAACAACAUAAAUUAAAAUAA